AUGAGCUCACAAAACUCAAGAAGUUCACCUCUUGUUUCCAAAGUUCUCGGAAGCAGACGUACUACCAUGCCCGCCUCAACCAAAAGGAAAGAAGAAAGGGCAAAGAAGGCACGCGAUGAUCGCCGCCUCGCGAUCUUGCAUUUUCCAUCUGCCUUUGGAAAUAAAAUCAGCCUUGACGCGCACGUAGACCUACUACAGAGCCUCAUCAACGACGCAACGGACUACGAGAACCUCGACUAUCUCCGAGAGACAAUCAAAGUGUACGACUCCGCACUGGGCAUCCUCAUCAAACGCCUUUGUUCUGCCGCCGAGACGAAAAGGAUCCUAGACAACUUAACGACGAGUGCAGCUCGGGACAGCGCUUGGACGUACAUGACUACACACCUCCAGACAAGCAUCGACUCCGCGUACAACAUCGCCGGAUUGCUACACAUGGAGAAAUCUACUUGCUUCAUGCACGUAGCUUACGGCAACACGGCCCUGAGCAAAGUACCGGAAGAAGUACCUAUGCUAGACUUCUUCCGAGAGACUCAGACCGCUUACGAAGAGUUGAAGGAGGCGCUUGCGGAGCAUACAGAACUUUGCGAGUCCAUGGAUGAAGAUUACGCGUCUGGUACGCUGAAUGAAGUUGAAGUAGCUGUGCUUACCGAGAACUUGGAGUGGGUGUGGCGGUGUCGAGCGAUUCAACUCGUUCAUGCAACGGUCAAAGCGCGGUUUGAGGAGCUUGCGGUCAAAUUCUUCGAAGACAAGGAUGCUCAUAAGGAGGCUAUACAGGUUCUCGAUGAGUUUGAGGAGGGCUUCGAGGAGCCGUGGAAAUAUGUGAUGACGAGUGAAGGAUUAGUGCGGCCUGGUCAGGAUUUUUCCAUUGCGGAUUUCGAAGCAAGUUCAGGUAGCGGAGUGGUUACACCGAAAGGAGAGGUCGCAGAAGAUGGCGAGCAUCUAGAAGGCGGAGGGGAUGCGCAAGGAUAG